UUAACUGUAGCCCUGACAUUGGCCGGUCUUACUCGGUAGUUCGCAGGAUGUGGAAGUUACUCGCAAUUCUUGCUUUGAUCUCGGUUUGCGGCGCUAGAGCUGAGUCGAGCCCGCUUUUGGAAAAGCCGACUAAUGGCCGACAGAAAAGGCUUUUGUUUUUCGACGAACAAGGAAAUUUAGUCAAAACUUACGCCAACCCAUUACUUUACGGAAAUUCGAUAGAAGAAAAAAAUCCACUCCUGUUGAACUUUUUGAAUCCUUUUUUCAGCGUUUUACAACCAAACAUAUUCGGAUCAACAAUUGCCUAUGCUAUACCAGUAUCCGAAGCAGUUCUACACCAGAUCCACAUAAGCCCAUCGUACCACAAUAAACUAAUUAUUCUAUCAACUCAACACCCAGUAGUCGAGUCCUCACCUUUAUGUGCUGGAAGACGAACCCAAAUACCAUCCCCUAAGAUGUGUAGUAACUUCUUAAAUUGUUGGGAUGGUUGGGCCUUCGAACAGGAGUGUCCAGCUGGCUUGCUAUUUUCCAAAGAAGGUUAUUGCGACUAUGCUUACAACGUUGAUUGUAGCAGCCGACUUAUGAAAGAACCCCAAACGUUGUGUAAAAAAGACUUUGAGGCAUUUAGAAAUAAUGCGAAUUGCAACGAGUUUUUCGUAUGCGUACAUAGAUUUCCAGUGAGGUUCCAGUGUCCAGCCGAUCUUGCCUAUAAUGAGGAGCUGGGCGUAUGCGACUACCCAUCUAAAGUUAAUUGUACUUCAAUUCACGUAAGCGCUGAGCCAGCGGCCACACCGCCCAUCGAGCUGUCAACAGUCCCAACAUCCAACGAUCUGAAUAUUCCAUCCAGUACUGCCAGCUCCGAGUCUACUCCUGAUAAAAAUUUGAUGAUAAGCCACACGGAAUUUAAUAGCCACAGUUGGAAAUCCCUACAAGUAGCGAUGUCUCGCCAAGAAGCUAUAAAACAACUCCAACUGGGGCAAAUAGCACACAUUAAUACUGGUUAUUCUCAGCAGUAGCAUACAAUUUCCAUACUUGGUAGCACGUUUACUAGGAAGUGUAUACCACGCCUUAUAUGAUUAACCUGGAUCUUUCUCUUACGUUUCGAAUAAAAAAGAUUGGUCUAGAAUGCAUUUAACCAGUUUAUUAUAUGCGCUGCAUAUAUUUAUGUCUAUCAAUGAUGAAUGAUACCAGUGAAUGCUAAGUUUUAUUAUCUUUGAAUAUGAAUAAUAUUUUUAUCUAUUACCAAGGAGGUGUUAACUCCUCGGAAUGUCGCGUCAGUAUUAAUAAAAUUAAAGCUUACAUA